UCGCGGGGGCAGGGAAGGGGUGGGGCUGGGUUGGAGUGAGAAGAUGCUGCUGAGAAUAGCACGUGCCCUCCGGCCCGGCUGCCAAGCAGUGACCGCGCCCCGGAGCCUCCACCGCACGCCAGUGAGCCACAUCCCGCUCAUCCCCAUCGUGGUGGAGCAGACGGGCCGCGGCGAGAGAGCCUACGACAUUUACUCCCGGCUGCUGCGGGAGAGGAUCGUGUGCGUCAUGGGGCCGGUGAGUGUCCGUGGCAGCUCCUGGCCCAGCCACCCUGGGCUCGCGCAGCCCCCACCCAACAGGAGAUAAAGGGGGGGGGCCUGU